CCCCGUCGCCCCCGGGCUGGAGCGAGCCCCCGUCCCACCACUCUGCCUCUGCGUCCCGCCACCCCCACCGGAUGCCCUUUCCCCUCUCGUCCAGACCCUAACGCCACGUCCUCCGGCCUCGCCCACUGCGCCCUCCGCCAGCAUGAACGAGCUCCCGGAGCUGGCCUCGCAGGCCUCCCUGGGCGUGGUCUCCGCCACCUGCCUCUCCAAAGUGGAGCUGCGGGUGAGCUGCAAACACCUGCUGGACCGGGACACGCUCAACAAGUCGGACCCCUGCGUGGUGCUGCUCAUGCAGUCCCAGGGCCAGUGGAUGGAGGUGGACAGGAGCGAGGUCAUCAAGAGCAACCUCCACCCCGUCUUCUCCAAGGUCUUCUCGGUGGACUACUACUUCGAGGAGGUGCAGAAGCUGCGCUUCGAGGUGUACGACAGCCAUGGGCACGCCAGCCUGGGGACGCACGACGACGACUUCCUGGGGGGCAUGGAGUGCACCGUGGGCCAGGUACUCGUGCUGUCAGAGGAGAUUUCCGGGAACAACGGCUACGUGGAACUGGCCUUCCGGGCUAAGAAGCUGGACGACAAGGUGGUCAAGAACAACCUGAGCCCGGUGUGGGAGCCGUUCAAGGUCUCGCUGAACUCCCUGUGCAGCUGCGAGGAGCAGAGGAAACUGAGGGGUGUGGUCUUUGACUACGACUCCCGGGGGAAACACGACUUCAUCGGCGAGUUUUACACCACCUUUGAGGAGAUGCAGAAGGCAACGGGGGAGAACAAGGUGCAGUGGGACUGUAUGAACCCCAAGUACAAACUCAAGAAACGCAAUUACAAGAACUCGGGUGUGAUCAUCCUACUGGAUCUGAAGCUCCACAGGGUGUACUCCUUCCUGGACUACAUCAUGGGCGGAUGCCAGAUCCACUUCACGGUGAGUGACGCCCCCAGCCACCCUGCGGGACGGGCAGCCAGUCGGGAUGAAAGCCUGGCACAGACCUGGCCCUGGGGGGUGGCGGGGGCGGAGGAGAGAACGAGGGAGGCCUCCCAAUACUACAUCCUGCUGAUCCUGACGGACGGGGUGGUGACCGACAUGGCCGACACGCGGGAGGCCAUCGUGCGGGCCUCCUACCUGCCCAUGUCCAUCAUCAUCGUGGGCGUGGGCAACGCGGACUUCACGGACAUGCAGAUCCUGGACGGCGACGACGGGGUGCUGCGUUCCCCCAAGGGGGAGCCCGUCCUGCGCGACAUCGUGCAGUUCGUCCCCUUCCGAGAGUUCAAGAACGCCUCUGCCACGGCGCUGGCGAAGUGCGUGCUGGCCGAGGUGCCGAAGCAGGUGGUGGAGUAUUACAGUUACAAAGCCCUCCCGCCCCGCUGCCCCAAAGCCGAGUCGCCCGAUUCCACCCUCAACUCCCCCCAGUGAGGGACCCUCCCCCUCCGGGACCCCCUGUCCUGCCUCCCUCCGCCAGCCCCUCCCACCAUGGACAAAGCCAGGAAAGGAGAAGGAUCGCGAGCACGUCGGUGUCUGACUCCCACGGGGCCCCCUGCCAGCGAGCCUCCCCCAGUGCCCCCCUGCCACAC